AUGGGAAAACAAAUAAGGAAACAGCAUAUCAAGGCAAAUCUUAGCUGGAGUAAAGCACUCAAAGCCAGCACAUCAGUGGAGAGGGAAGAAGCAACAACACCUAAGCAAGUCAAUAACCCAAUAAAGGAAACAACAGUCUCUUUUGGCAAGGAAAUAUCUUCGGUAAUUAUAGUAGGUGAUAUGGAGAAAAAGAAAUUUUUACAAGAUUGGAAAAAGGGUGAUCAUUUGGGUAAAGAUAAAAUAGUGCAGCAUGGAAAGUAUAUUCCUCCAAAGGAAAGUGUGCAGCUGAUAGAUUCUGAGAAUCCUACGGCAU